GACGCCCGGCCCGCGUUGCCCGGGCGGAGGCGGUGGCGUGGGGGGUCUUGCGGGCAGCGCCCGCGGGAGAUGCGGCUGCGGCUCGGGCGGGUGCUGCCGGCGCUGUGCCUCGGCGCCGCCUUCCCCCUGCUGUGGUAUGCGGUGUGGCAGGGGAGCCGAGGAAAUGACUUAGAUAUGUACCAACUCCACUUGCUGGAACUUCAGCAAAGACUGUUGUAUGCUGACAAGGAAAAUAAAAAAAGAUCACAUGAACUGAGCAGUGCCCUAGAUGAAAUUAAACAUAUAGUUGCAAGAAGAAUGAACAUGACAAAAAAUCACACAGGUGAUUUAAAGUGGAAAGAGUUAAACCUCCCCAUGCAUCUUACAAAUAUCUACUACUAUCUCCCUCACCUUCGAAAAUAUGAAGAUGCAAUUUUCCCAAAUAUUAUUUUUGGGCAACAGAGAACUGGAGUCUCCCUAGUGAUGGGUAUUCCUACAGUGAAAAGGGAAAAACAAAAUUACCUGAUUGGUACAUUGCGUUCCCUACUGUACCAACUAUCUGAAGAGCAAAAGAAGGACUGCAUAAUAAUAAUCUUUAUAGCAGAGGUGGAUGCAGAGUAUGUUAAGAGUGUUGCAGAAAGUGUUAAAACCAGCUUCCCUAGAGAAGUCCAGUCUGGAGUACUAGAGGUUAUUUCUCCUCCUGCUUCCUAUUACCCAGAUCUUUCCAACCUGAAGAAAACACUUGGAGAUUCUGAGGACCGAGUAAGGUGGAGAACUAAACAGAAUUUGGAUUAUAGCUUUUUAAUGCUAUAUGCUCAACCUAAGGGAACAUUUUAUUUACAGCUGGAAGAUGAUAUUAUAGCCAAACCUGAUUUUAUUGAAAGUAUAAAAAGCUUUGCUGCUCAACAGUCCCAAGAUUGGAUGGUUCUCGAGUUCUCACAACUUGGAUUUAUUGGAAAAUUGUUUAAAUCGGAAGACUUACCACUCAUAGUGGAUUUUUUCCUCAUGUUCUAUAAGGACAAGCCUAUAGACUGGCUUAUAGACCACCUGCUCUGGGUUAAAGUGUGCAAUCCAGAAAAGGAUGCAACACACUGUGAAAAGGAAAAGUCAAAGUUACGUAUCCGUGCUAAACCAUCUCUCUUUCAGCAUAUGGGAAUUUUUUCAUCAUUGGCUGGGAAGAUACAGAAUUUGAAAGAUAAAGAUUUCGGAAAAAAUGUGCUACAUAAAGCACAUAAUAAUCCACCUGCAAAAGUGGACACAAGCCUAAGAAUAUACCAGCAAUAUACCUUGGAAAAAGUUUAUAAAGGACAGGACUGUUUUUGGGCUUUAACUCCAGUGGCAGGUGACUUCAUCAGGUUCACAUUUUUAAAUCCACUAGAAGUUGAAAAGUACUUGUUCAGAAGUGGAAACAUGGAGCACCCUGGUGAUAAACUGUUUAACACUACUGUGGAAGUAUUGCCAGCUGAUGAAACGCUAAGAAAAGAAUUGGUUGAUAAUGGAAGUAAAUUUAACUAUCCAGCAACCAAAGAUGGAUAUUUAAAAAUAGGGGCUUUUGAAAAUGGCACUGCAGAAGGCAGCAUCAAUCAGGCAAUAGGAAGAAUAAAGGCUAUUCGUUUAUCAGUCAGCUCUGAUUCUCCAGUCUGGGCAAUACUGAGUGAGGUACUUAUCAAGACAUCUGAAAACUGAAAAAUAUACCUUUUUGAUGUGUCACUUGUUUUGUAUUUCUUGAAAACAAGGCUGACUAAAACAAAACAAAACAAAUCAAAAAACAAAACAAAACAAAAAUACUGGGUCAAAAGAUCAAUUCCAUACCCAUUUAGUUAUUAAUACUAUGUAUUAGGAAAGAGUUGAGAUACAUCUUAGAUCUUUAUAUGACAAGGUAUAUGAAAAGAAUGUUAGUAAUUUCUAGAAAAUGUUCUUGCAUAAUAUGUCAUAUAUAAAAAUCUCACCUUAGUUUGGCAACAUUAAAUAGAUAUUAUUACAAACAAUUGAUAAGGCAUUACAGCCUGCCUCAGGGACUAAAGCAUAAAGAAGAAGUUUCACCAGAAUUAAAAAUAACAGACAUUUUUGAAAAAUAUUAAGGACACGGCGUUCAACUCCAUUAAAAACUCUGGUCAAUUUUGCAGGGAAAUUAGAACUGAAGGAAAAGUUGUCAAUAUUCAUGCAAGUAUUUAAAGUAGUUCAAAGGAACAAUUUAAUGUUAUGAAAAUUGAUCUCAAACUUAAUAUAAAUGUGUUUCAGCCUUAAUGUAGCAUGUUAUGUUCAAUAUUUUUUAAAAUGAAAAUUGCCUACAAAUUAUCAUUUGAAUAACUUGAAGCUUAAAUAGGUUUUUUUGGAAGAUUGUAAAACUUCUCAGUGAAUUGUGCAUUGAAUUAAUUACAGGAAAGAAGAGUAUUAUGUGUAACUAUAUUUUUGUAAAAAGAAAAUCUAUUUAAAUAAAAUUUUGGAUCCUGGAAUUAGAUAAUCAGCGUGCACUGAUAUUUCAGUCCUUGCCACAAGUUCAAAUUCAACAUAAAUUUGAAAAUAAAGAGUAAACCACAGUAGUCUCAUUUGAAAAGUUUUUGGGAAAUGACAAUCUACCUUGGACAUCUACCUGUUAAUGGUCAGAAUUCUGGAAUCACUUCCUUAGCACAUGAAGCACGACUGCACCCUCAUUCCCCUGCACAGGCAUUGCAUCCUGACAGUAGGAAAUAAACUGCAAUAUGUGGAUUUGUAUUGAAUGGGUUACAUUAAUGUAGAGUUGUA